AGACAAGACAAUAUUUACCCAUCCUUGAGCAGGACCAUGCUAACACUGAAGAGACUCUGUCAGGAGUCCUGUAUAAAAGGGAAGACCAGAGUGAAAGGUGAUUUUUGGGGGGACAGGGAGAGUAAGACUUAAAGCCUGCAUAAUGACAGCAUAUGUGUCAGUGGUGUUUGUGGGUGCUGUGGUCAUGCUUACACUGUUAUGGAUCCUGCUCAUCUACCUCCCUGGAAAAGGAGACAAAGUUACACAGGGAGAACCCAAUGGAUGUCAGUCAGCAGCUGUUGGGUCUAGACUUCUGCACUCUGUCUAUCAGUUCUUUCCCCGUUCUCUCUCUCCCUCUCUCCCUGGCCCUCUCUCUCUCCCUCUGCUGGGCAACAUGCUGGAGCUGGCACACGACCACCUGCCCAGUCACCUGACCUCCCUGGCACGUCGCUAUGGCAACAUCUACCGCCUCAAGUGUGGCAACACAACCAUGGUGGUAUUAAACAGUGGUGACAUCAUCAGAGAAGCCUUGGUGAAGAAAUGGUCGGACUUUGCUGGGAGACCACAUUCUUACACCGGAGACGUGGUGUCAGGGGGAGGCCGCUCCAUCUCUCUGGGGGACUACAGUGAGGAGUGGAGGGCCCAUCGCCGUCUGGCCCAUAAUGCACUGCAACGCUGCUCCCAGAAGUCGCUCCACUGGGUCAUCCAGAAACAGGCCCUCCACCUGAGACAAGUGCUGCUGGACUAUAACGGCAGAGCUGCGGAUCUCUCUGAGGAUUUCACUGUAGCAGCCAGUAACAUCAUCACCACACUGGCCUUUGGGAAAGAGUAUGAGAAGAGUUCUGCAGAGCUGCAGAGACUGCAUGGCUGUCUUAAUGAGAUCGUGUCUCUAUGGGGCUCUCCCUGGAUCUCUGCUCUGGACUGCUUCCCACUGCUCAGGAAAUUGCCCAAUCCUCCGUUCUCCCGUCUUCUGAAAGAGGUGGCCAGGAGAGAUGACAUCAUCAGAACACAUCUGGAUGAGUACAAGAUGCAGGCACCGAGCAAAACAUCAGAGGAAGACAUUGCCAUCACAAGCGCUCUCCUCAACGGCCUUGGGAAGCCCCAGGACACAACACAGGGAGUGGUCCUGACAGACACUCACGUCCACAUGGCCACUGUGGACCUUCUGAUCGGGGGAACAGAGACAACAGCUGCCUGGCUCAGCUGGACUGUGGCCUUUCUACUGCACAGGCCUGAGGUGCAGUACAGAGUGUAUGAUGAGUUGUGUUCGGUGCUGGACGGGCGCUACCCUCAGUACAGUGACAGACACAGGCUGCCAGUGCUGUGUGCUGUGAUCAGUGAGGUGCUCAGACUCAGACCUGUGGCUCCGCUAGCUGUGCCUCACAGAGCCAUCAGAGACAGCAGUAUUGCAGGCUACUUCAUCCCUAAGAACACUGUCAUCAUCCCCAAUUUGUUUGGGGCGCAUCAUGACCCUGCAGUGUGGACGGAUCCCUAUUCCUUCAAACCAGAGCGGUUCCUGGAGGUGGGGGCCUCAACGCGUGCUCUCCUGCCUUUCGGAGGGGGCGCUCGGCUGUGUUUGGGGGAGGCCGUGGCCAAAAUGGAAUUGUUUCUGUUCACCGCCUACUUGUUGCGAGAUUUCCAGUUCGUACCUGCUGAAAGCCAGACCUCCCUACCAGACCUGAUAGGAGUAGCCAGUGUGGUACUCAAAGCCAAGGCCUACUCAGUCAUAGCACUGCCCAGACCUGGGCCUUGACCUCUCACAGAGUUUGUUCAUGUACAGUGAUCACAUUACAUUUCUAUCAAUCAUUCGGCUCUAGAGAAAGUAUUCUUAUAAGAGAAGGCAUAUAUUGUGUAGUAUUGUGCAGUAAUGGUGAAGUAAUUGGAAUGUAUAGAAUAAUAUUUUCUAUUUCGUAUAAAUACUUCCUCUUUUAACAACGAAGGAUGCAUUUCUGACUCCCUAAAUAUAUACACCAUAGGUAGCCAGAAUAAGAAUGCUGAUAGGUUUAUUGGAAGAGGGUUGGGCUAAAGGUUAGGGGUUAACUCAGGGGUUAAAGGUUACUACUACUCUGGCAGGGCUGUAACAAACGGUUUGGGUUUGCGGAGGAUCCUCAUCAGGUUCCUGGACAUGUAAUAAGGCUUCUGCAUUGUUCCAUCAUUCCUCUCUAGAUCUUCCACUGUAUGAGGGAGAAACACUGGAGUCACUCUACUACUCUACUACUCUACUAUACCUUACCAUACCUUAAUAUAUUAUACCUUACUAUACUGUACCUUACCAUACCUUAAUAUAUUAUACCUUACUAUACUGUACCUUACAAUACUGUACCUUACCAUACUGUGCUUUACUUUUGUCAUGUCUUUACUAUCAUUAAAUUGAAGACUUAGUUUUUAUCAAAGA